CGUUUCAAGCUUCCAAUUUAAGGACUUUAUUAUCGAAUAAAUUUUUCCAUUUCUGGUUUACUCUCCGUUAUUGGAUUUUUGACCGAAAAGACGUCACUCUGACUAUCUCAACCCCCCUCUCUCUUUUAUAAACCACGCUUUAGAAAGCAGAGAUUUGAGCGAAAAUGGCGAGGGAAAAGCGGAGGGAGGAACUCUAUGUCACUGUACCUAAUCUCUUUCGCUGCCCAAUCUCCAUGGAUGUGAUGAAGUCUCCGGUGAGUCUCUGCACCGGCGUCACGUAUGACCGGAGCUCCAUCGAGAAGUGGCUGGCGCUUGGCCAUAAAACCUGUCCGGCGACCAUGCAAACCCUGCCGUCCACGCUCACCACGCCGAAUCUCACCCUCCGCCGCCUUAUUCAGCUCUGGCUCUCCCAUGCCGACGCCGCGCGCGCUCCGCCGUGUGCUGUCUCCAAGCAGGACGCGGCGGCGAUCAUCAAAGGCGGGCUCGACGCCGCUUCCUUGGAGAAAUUGAUCGAUUUCAUGAAGGUGUCGGAGGGGAAUCUGAAGUUCGUCGCACAGUCUAGCAACGCGAUUUCGAGAUUCGUUGAAUUCUUCGUUGAAUCCGACGAAAUUCGGAUUCGCGAACUGAUUGUUGAGGUUUUCGAUCUGAUCUCGUCGGAGAGUGGAGUAAGAGAAAAGUUAAGCGAGCUCAUUUUGAACUGCGGCGACGGAAGAGACUGUUUAUCGCCGUUUGCGGCGGUUUUGCGGAAAGGAAACGCCGAAUCGAAGGUUAGAUCCGCGAAGAUUUUGGAGCUAAUAGCAAUAAAUCCUGAAUCGCAGCAAAAAAUCUCCGAUCAACCAGGUCUAUUAGAGAAUCUAUACACCCUAACCACAGCAGAGAGCGAUUACUCGGCCGUGGAAGCCGGAUUAUCGGCUCUAUUAGCAAUCGCAACCAGCAGGACAGCGAAGAAGGAGCUGAUCCGGCUCGGAAUCGUCCGAACCGCGGGGCGGAUCCUAUCCGGAUCGGAUCCGACUCGAGGCGUAAUCGAGAGAGCGGUGGCGGUGCUGGAAAGCGUGGCAUCGUGUACGGAGGGGCGGGGCGCGAUCGGAGAGGAUCGAGAGUGUGUGGCGGAGACGGUGAGGAGGCUGAUGAAGUGCUCCGCCGCGGCGACGGAGCACGGGAUAGCGGUGCUGUGGAGCGUGUGCUGCUUAGCGAGGGAUGAAUCAGCGCAGGAAACGGCGGCGGAAGCGAAUGGAUUGACGAAGGUACUACUGGUGAUGCAGAGCGGCUGCUCGUCGAGUACAAGCAUGAUGUGCAGGGAAUUGGUCAAAGUUUUGAGGGCGAAGAGUGGUAAGUCCAAUUUGGCACCGUAUUAUCAAACUAGGACUACUCACAUUGCGCCUUAUUAAUUUAACAUACAAUUAAUCUAUUUUUAUUUAUUUAUUUAGGUAGAUGCAUUAAAAAUUAAAAUCUGUAAAUGUUUGUUAUAUUCAAAGAUACUCCAUUACUGAAAGAUACUAGUAACAAAUUUCGACUA